UAUUAUUAUUUUUUCCAUUUUACUUAUAGUACCUUCUUUAUUUCAUUUCAUUAUACUAUAUAUGUAUAUCUAUUUAUUUACUUGUUUACUUAAGGUAUACCUGAUGGACCAGCACAAAUGGCUUGGAGAGAAAAAAUAGGCUUAGUUUCAUUCAUCCUUUUCAUCAUGGGUUGUGUUGGAUUUUUAACAUUUGGAUUCACUCAAGCAGUUUGUCCUAUACCACCUUUAAGUGUUCGUGGAGGUCAGGUCAGCCCAGGAUAUUUAAUAAUCUCCGGAUGGGCAUACAUGUUAGCCUCUUGGGAUCAUCCAGUAGGUGCUACGGAUGAAAUGACUAAUAUUCUUUAUCCACCUAUAAACGCAGGCGGUAUGGACGCUACAUUCUUGUUUCAAACAAUUAAAAGUGAAUGCGCCUCUGUGUUUAUACCUACGCAGGGCGAUCAACCCAUUUAUUUUCCUUGUCAGCUAUUUAAUCCAAAUUCAACUAUACCACCUGAUCCUUUUCAAUUUAUAAAUAGAACAAGUUGUCAUUUAUCAGCAACUGCUUAUAAUGUAUAUAAUAGCUUUCAAACCCAAGGUGUCCCUAGAUCUGACGGAGGAUUUGAUAAAGCUGCUCGUGUUUAUUAUGAUUGGGAAGAUAUAACUUCAGAAAAUUCAUUGACUGUAUAUAAUGGAGAUGUUCUAAACCUGAAAUUAUUAUCCUCAUUACCAACUAAUUAUUACCAAUAUAAGCAGGAUGGAUUAAUAGCAGCUAUAUUUGCCAACAUUUCUGAUUUUACUGGAAAGGAUCUCACGAGAACAAUUAAUGCAAAUAGAAUGAAUGGGGGGAAAUGGUUUGAAGAAGCAAAAUGUCUAUCUGCUACCAUUAAGGUGGGUUCAUUAGACACAAUCAGUAUUGGUUGUAUGGCUUCAGAUAUUGUACUUUAUGUCUCCCUUGUCGUCAUUUUAGGUGUCAUUAUCGUUAAAUUUGCUUUAGCUGUCAUAUUUGGCUGGUUUCUAUCUUGGAAAUUGGGUAACUUUAAAGAAGGUAACUCCUAUGCUGAAAGAAUGAAGCGCGAAGCGGAAAUCGAGAACUGGACAGAGAAUAUGCAAGCAGGUGCUCCUUUACCGAAGGCUCGGAUUCAAUCUACUUAUUUUGGUAAUGCAUCUAAUAAACGUAAAAGCUUGUUCCCUCAAACAUCUCGUUUUACUCAGCCAAUGCAUGGUUCAACUCGAUUUACUACAGAUAAGCCUUUAAAUGGUUCCACUCUAUGGAAAACCCCAAAUAGUGCAUUAGAAAGCCAUGUAAAUAGACAGUCUAUGCUAUUUGGUGCCGAUGGGAUAAGUCGGCAAUCUUCAUAUAUGAUGGGAUCAUCUGAUGUAUUUAACUCAAGUCGAGCCUCUGUAUUCUAUAAUAAUCCUCAAUCUUCUGUUCGAUUCUUGGGAAAUGAUUUACGCCGUCCUUCGCUUGCUUCUUCUGAUAUAGCGAGCACAACAGAUACACAUACCACAUCAGGGCCAGCUUGCCCUUUACCUUUAUCGAGACAUGUCAUUAGACAGCCUCCAUCUGAUUAUAUGCCAUUUAAUUUCCCACUUGCACAUACCAUUUGUUUGGUUACUUGCUAUUCAGAGGGAGAAGCAGGUAUUCGUAUUACACUUGAUUCAAUUGCUACUAGUGAUUACCCUAAUAGUCAUAAGCUUCUACUUGUUAUCUGUGAUGGGUUGAUAACGGGUUCAGGGGAAAGUAAAUCGACACCUGAUAUAUGUAUAAGUAUGAUGCGAGAUUUGAUCGUACCUCCAGAUCAAGUAGAGCCUUAUUCUUAUGUGGCAUUAGCAGAUGGCUCGCGUCAAAAUAAUAUGGGUAAAGUAUAUGCAGGAUAUUACAAAUAUGACGAUACAACGGUCGAUAAAGCCCAUCAACAAAGAGUUCCAAUGAUCACGAUUGUUAAAUGUGGUACCUUAGAAGAAAGAGCUGCAGACAGGAAACCGGGAAAUAGAGGCAAACGUGACUCACAGAUUAUUCUAAUGCAAUUUAUGCAAAAGGUCAUCUUUGAUGAGCGAAUGACGGCGAUGGAAUAUGAAUUCUUCAAUGGUAUCUGGCGCGUGACAGGUGUCCCCCCUGAUGCUUAUGAAAUCGUUUUAAUGGUUGACGCUGACACAAAGCUUUUCCCUGAUGCUCUCUCUAGAAUGAUAUCAUGUGCUGUCAAGGACCCUGAAAUCUCUGGUCUCUGUGGUGAAACGAAAAUUGCAAACAAAACAAAUAGUUGGGUGACAAUGAUACAAGUCUUUGAAUAUUAUAUCUCACAUCAUCAGUCUAAGGCCUUUGAAUCUAUCUUUGGAGGUGUUACUUGUCUUCCAGGUUGCUUUUGUAUGUAUCGUAUAAAGGCUCCAAAGGGACCAGAUGGUUAUUGGGUACCUAUUCUUGCUAAUCCAGAUAUCGUUGAGCGUUAUUCAGAAAAUAUAGUCGAUACACUCCAUAAAAAGAAUUUACUUUUAUUAGGUGAAGAUCGUUAUUUAUCUACUUUGAUGCUUCGUACCUUUCCUAAUCGUAAGAUGGUAUUUGUUCCACAAGCAGUAUGUAAAACAGUUGUGCCAGAUACAUUCAUGGUCCUUUUAUCACAGCGUAGAAGGUGGAUUAAUUCAACAAUUCAUAACUUAAUGGAAUUAUUGUUUGUGCAUGAUUUAUGUGGUACAUUUUGUUUCUCAAUGCAAUUUGUUAUUUUUAUGGAACUUGUGGGUACUCUAGCACUCCCAGCAGCUAUUUCAUUUACAAUUUAUUUAAUUAUUAUGGCGAUUAUUGGACAACCUGCCAUUAUUCCUCUUAUCUUAUUAGCCAUCAUUCUUGGUUUACCUGCAGUAUUAAUUGUGAUGACGAGUAGGAAGAUUGUGUAUGUUGGUUGGAUGAUCGUUUAUUUGUUUAGCUUACCCAUUUGGAAUUUUGUAUUACCUACUUACGCCUACUGGCAUUUUGAUGAUUUUUCAUGGGGGGAUACACGAAAGGUUGAAGGAGUAGAGGCGGAUAAGAAGGGAGGACAUGCGGAUAAAGAAGGUGAAUUUGAUAGUAGUGCAAUUACGAUGAAGAAAUGGAGUGAAUAUGAAAAGGAAAGAAGGAUUCAAGAGGCUUUAAAUCGUAAUCUACCUAUCCCACGUUUUAUUGAUAGACCUAGGACAGGCGGGCUAGAUGUAUUCCGUGACUCAAUUCAUAUAAAACGUUAUAGUAAAACAGGAUCAGCAGGUUCCACUGAUAGCGAUGUUCCAUUAACUCAAAUGGGUUAUUCGCCUGCUGGUAUUAAUAAAGAAAGUAGACAUACUUAUACUCAAGACAAUAAUACUGUUGAGGAUCAACACAUACUUAACAUCAAUCCAACUCCUUCACCUGCAUCAUCAAGUCAUGAUUCAUCAGUAGGCCUAGAUAUCCCACUUACAGCCAUACAAUCUCCUUCCUAUCAUUCAAGAGAAGAGCCUUCUUCAUCUUAUAGAGCUCGGGGAAGUUAUCAUGCGGGAUUAGUCAUUUCUUCUAAUAACAAUUUUGAUAAUGAAGAUUUAUAUCGAGAAGAUAAUUCUGUAGAUUUACAAGAUGAUACUAUCUUAUGGUCAAAUCAUGAUUUAUAUCAAACAAAAUCUUUCAGUAUACCCAAACCUCAUAUGAUUAUAACAGACACUAAAAAAUAAUAUUUUAAAAAAAAAUAAUACUAAAAAAAA